CUCCGCUAACCAGUGUGUGGAAAGUGGGUAAGGAGGGCAGUGGAGAGCGGCGGAGAGGCGAGCUGAUGACAGCUGUCAGGGUGGACAAAAACACUCUCAGUCUUUGAAGAGAAGCCGAAUGGCUCUCUGAGAAAAGAAACGCCGGGGGGAGAAAUAAAAGGACUACACUUUGGAAGCAUCAAGGCUGCUUUGAAGGUGUUUGCCCGCUCUCCUGUUUUAUAUUUUGGCCUUAAACAUCUUUAGUGGUGCUGCUGUUGCAAAGGCAACAUGGGGACACCAGGCUCUGGUAGAAAGCGUGCCCCUCUUAAAGACCGGUUCUCAGCAGAAGAUGAGGCCUUGAGCAGUAUUGCCCGGGAGGCGGAGGCGAGGCUGGCAGCAAAAAGGGCGGCUCGGGCAGAGGCCAGGGAUAUCCGAAUGAGGGAGCUUGAGCGGCAGCAGAAAGAGCUGGAUGAAAAAUGUGACAAGCAGUAUUCAGACUACAGUCGGCCAUCCUCCCGUUGUGCCACUCCGGGCCUCUCGGCGGCCACCCUGGCAUCUCUGGGUGGCACCUCUUCACGACGCGGGAGCACAGACACCGGCAGCGUCAUUGACCCUGACACGAGUCUCAGCGAACUUAGGGAUAUCUAUGAACUAAAGGACCAGAUUCAGGAUGUAGAGGGGCGAUACAUGCAGGGGCUUAAAGAGCUGAAGGAGUCGCUGGCAGAGGUGGAGGAGAAGUAUAAGAAAGCCAUGGUAUCGAAUGCACAGCUGGACAACGACAAAGCCAACCUCAUCUACCAGGUGGACACACUCAAGGACGUCAUUGAGGAGAUGGAGGAGCAGAUGGCAGAGAUGAGGAGAGAGGUGGAAGACAAGACAAAGGAACUAGAAAGACAAAAGCACACGUGUACGGUCCUGCAGCACAAACAAGAAGAGUUAAAAGAGGGCAUCCGCCAGAGAGACGAGCUUAUAGAGGAGAGCCAGCGAAUGCAGACUAAGUUAGAUACCCUCACCCGAGAGGUGUUUGACCUGCAGGAAACGAUAAACUGGAAGGACAAAAAGAUUGGGGCCCUAGAGAGGCAGAAAGAGUACUUUGAUUGCAUUAGGAAUGAGAGAGACGAGCUCAGAGAUGAGCUCGCUGACAUCAAGGGGAAGUCCAAAGCAGGAGAGAAACAUGGCCUGGUCAUCAUCCCAGACGGCACGCCAAACGGGGAUGUCAACCACGAGCCUGUGUCCUCAGGGAUCACUGUGGUCUCCCAGGAGGCCGCCCAGGUGCUGGAGUCUGCAGGGGAGGGUCCGCUGGAUGUGAGGCUACGGAAGCUGGCAGAGGAGAAGGACGAGCUGCUGGCUCAGAUCAGGAAGCUGAAGAUGCAGCUGGAGGAGGAGAGACAGAAACACUCAAAGAUGGACAGUGCGUACACAGAUGGCGAGAGGAUGGAGAACGGUACAGAUCUACACUUCAUCGAGAUGCAGAGAGAUGCCAACAGACAGAUCAGUGAAUACAAGUUCAAGCUUUCCAAGGCAGAACAGGAAAUGGGUACAAUGGAACAAAACAUUAACAGACUUGAAGGGCAAGUGUCGAGGUACAAGGCAGCAGCAGACAACUCAGAGAAAAUAGAAGAUGAGCUGAAGGCGGAAAAACGGAAACUCCAGAGAGAGCUUCGCACAGCCCUGGAUAAGAUCGAGGAGAUGGAGAUGACCAACAACCACCUAGUCAAGCGCCUUGAGAAGAUGAAGGCCAACCGGAACGCCCUCCUGUCGCAGCAGUGAGGCGAGGCAGCAUCACCACAGAAGCCCUUAAACUCGCACCUCAGACCUUUUGACUGCCAUAUUGCGUCUGGAGCACAUUUCCAUUUUUCAAGCUGUAACACUUAAAACGUGUAGCUAACCAAAAACACUUAAAGAAAAAACACUUGUAGCACAGGCAAAAAAACGGAACUGUGUUUUUUAUAUAUAUAUAUAUAUAAACUAUGAGCAUUGGUUUUGUGUGGCAAGCCAAUGUCUUUAGAGGAAUGACUCAGAAAUUUAACUAAUAAAACCACAAAGUUGCUGGGAGAUCCAUCUGAGGAAAUUUCUGUACUCACUACUUAAUUUUUCAAGGCUUUGUACUACAUGUUAUUCACGAGAUUUUACUUCUCUCUGGCUGGGUGCUUGGCUGUUCUUUUUGUUUUGUUUUGUUUGUUUUUUGAUAAGUUGCAUGAAUGAGUAUAAUGAUGCUUUUAAAAAAAAAAACAUAAAAAAAACCAACAAACUGUUGAACCUUUAUGGCUGCUCGGGCCCCGCACCUUCCCAGCUCCCCUCACACACACAGUGAAGUGCCUUUUCACACCUGGAGUCUGAGGGUCUGCACCAGUCCGUGCAAAACAAUAAUCCUUUUUAACAGGUACAGAAUAAUGUAUUUAAAAGGUGCAGUCAUUUCAAAAUAUAUAGAGCCAAUUGUGUCUGCUGCGGUUUCAUUGAAUUUUUUUUUUUUUUUUUUUUUUUCAAAUAAUAUUUAAAAGAUUCUUGAAAAUAAAUGUGUAAAUUACUGAACUGUA